GAAGUUCCCUGGCCGUCUCCCCGCUAGCGCUGGCGCCGCCACACUGACAUCAUGACCUGUGUGCGGCGCGCGCGUACCUUUGAGAGUUGACACGCUGUCACGGCGCACGCGCACAUGUUGCACUGAUAGCAGACUGCAGCAGCGAGAUUCGAAAAUUUGCAGAAUGAAAAUUUUUAUUGAUUCAUUUUUUAAAGCUAAGCCUUACAGACAGGUAUUGUUCAGGAACAAUCCGAAUAUAUUAUGCCUUUUAUAAAGGUUUCAAAACCUCAAGCCUUGGUAGAUGAGAUCAUCGAUAUUCAAGUUGGUGGCCUCAGACCUCAUCAGAAUGUAACUCUCCGGGCUUUCCUUGACGAGUUGGGAAAAAAGUUUGAAGCACAUGCUCACUUUGUAGCAGACAACAAUGGAGAUAUGGAUACCUGCCAAAUAUCUGAGGGAGGAUCUUAUAUAGGCAUCCAGCAAAUGGGUCUUUUCACAAGCAUGAAGCCAUCACCAAAUCAAAAGUCUGGAACGCGACUUCGUAAAAUAGUUGCUACAACUCCAUUUGAAGUGCAUCUAGCAGUUUAUGAUGGAUGGUUGACAACAGAAGACUUCUACAAGUCUUCUGCUCCAGCAGUGUUAUCAAAAAUUAAAAUCGAAAGAUGGUAUCUAUCAGAUGACGUCGAACGGAUCAAGAUCAGUACUGGAAAUAUCCGAGGUGUUCUCUUUAAACCAAAAAACAGCAACUUGUGUCCGGGAGUGAUUGAUAUAUUUGGUUUCAUUGGAGGAAUUUUUGAGUUCAGAGCUGCUUUACUCGCAUCGCAUGGCUACGCUACAUUAUGUUUACCUUACUUCCAGUAUGAAGAUCUACCCAUUUCCCAACAUCGCGUCACUAUGGAAUAUUUUGAGGAAGCUGUUGAUUGGAUGAUUAGUCUUCCAUUUGUAGCAGAGGAUGGGCUAGGUGUUCUUGGUGUUUCCAUGGGAGCUCAAAUAUCCAUGAUGAUGUCAGUAUUAUUUCAACAGAAGAUCAAGGCAUGUGUUUGCAUCAAUGGAUCGCAUUAUCAUUUUAAAGAAAGCCCGGCACGACUAUACAAAAAUGAAGAAAAACCAGUUAUGAUUUAUGAUAUUUCUCGAAUUAUAUUCAUUGAUGAUAAGCAAGACAGAAGACAGUGUCCAGUUUUUGGGCCAUACCUUGAAAAAGACGGUUUUAUUGAAAUUGAGAAAGCAACCAGUGCUUUUUUGUUUGUCGUUGGUGAAGAUGAUUGGUCAAUUAAAAUCGCUGAGUUAGCUGACCAAGCUUGUCAACGUCUGAGAGAUCACAAGAAAGAGAACUGGACAUUAAUCAGCUACCCAGGAGCAGGACAUUUGAUUGAACCGCCGUACACGCCACUAAGUAGUGAAGUUUAUCAAGGCAACCAAAUGGGUGUAGGAUUAUUUGGUGGAAGAACCAACGAACAUGCCGAGGCACAAGAGAAUGCGUGGAGAAACAUAUUAGCAUUUUUCAAUCAACAUCUGCGUUGUGAUAAUAAACCAGGAACAUGUUACAGUGCUUCAGAUGCAGGACUGAAAAGCAAACUCUGAUGCCUGUCAAGAUAUCAGCAUUGUUAUCGUAUUGUAAUCAUACCUGGUUUGUGAUUUUCAACUUUUAGGAAAUUGCUUUAAAUUUUUUUAAAAUGCAACUUUAGUAUUUGUGCAUAUUUCUCCAGCCAUUUUACUUUCUAAUAUCAGUUCAUAAUUCUGAAUGCAUGAGAAAGUCAUUGAGGGUUAAGUUGAAAUUGUCAUAAAAACAACUAAAUAUAAACCAAUCAUAGAACCUGUAGAUAGCUACAAUAUUCCCAAUUUUCUGCCAAAAUGUCUUCUUUUUCUUGGAAUACAAAAAUAUAUUUUCAAAAAUAAAGUUGAUUUAAUAGAUAAAUACAUAAUUUUGACAAAUAGAACAGAUUUCUUCAUUUAAUAAGCUUAAAAAUUCAAGUUUAACUACAAAAAUGUUUUGAAAGCAAUUUCUGUGUAAUUUAGCGGUGAUUGUCCAUGCAUUUUGUUUAUCUGCAACUGUAUUUUUACAUCGGGAAUUGGGACUUCUCUUCAUCUUCGUCCUGAAUAAACUUUUCUGUAUCCUUGUAUUAACGUUUUGGUGGUGUAGCUAUCAGACAUCCUCAUCAUCUUUGAAACAUAUAUUUCCAAAUGUUCAUCCACGGUAGUACCUUGAGGUUUUGCCUUGUCUUGUCCAGAAUCCAUAUUUUUAUCACUCACAGCCUUGUUUGAAUGCUUUUAUUGCAAUGUGUUGAGAACACUUGUUCUUGUGCAUUUACUUCUUUUUCCGAAAAAUCCCUGUUACAAGUUUGUUUAUGUCUCUUAAAGCAAUUUCUAUGUAAUUCAACACAUAUAUUUUGUUAAAGAGUGUAUUGUCCCCAUUCAGAAGUUGAUGAAGUCGUCUGGCCCAAUGGUUUUGUUGGCGUAGUUGCCAAAAUUUCUCAUGAUUUCGCCAUUGAUGGUAAAUGACUUUGCAUUGCAUUUGUUGAUUGUUACUUCUACUUCUUCUUGGGUUGUGGUGUGGGUGAUCCAUACGUUGUCGAUUCCACAUUUGUUUGGUUUGGUCUUUGCGAAGAAAUAGAAGAAAAGGUGUUCGACUUGCUCCAGAACCUCAUUUUUGGUGAGCAUUUUCUGUGUAUAAAAUGAAAAUGUCCAUCCAUGGUGGCAACUUGUACCACAGCUCGCAGCCUUGUCUCCAACAAGUUGAAAAAAUUCUGUUUAUCGUGUCAUCAUAUUAACAUAUCCAUACUAACAUUUCGAAAGUGGUAGUAGUCAAGCAUCUUUGUCAUCUUGUAAGUAAUAUUAUACUCAUAUUUGAGAAGUCCUCAACAAGCCAGCUUUUGACGUUAGCGCCACUUAGGUCUACGCAAUCGACUGUAAACUGCGUACUGGCAAAACCGAAAUUCGCCCAUCUACCAACUACUGUAAUUGGCUCUGAAUUCUGGAGACAAAACUAUCCCCUAUAACUAUUACCUGGAUUGGCAUACUUAAUUUUUUCCCAGGUAACAGAUUGAUAAUAUAAAUUGAACCAAGGGUUCAGAGAGACUCACCUCUAGUAUGAACUGGUGCCAUAGUCAUUGUCAGAGAGCAUCUCGUAGCAAGGAUACACUCUCUAACCAAAACGCAUGAC